AUGAUCUCUGCCGUCCGCUCAUCAAAACAGGUCGCCCGUGCCGCCCGCCCCUUGGCCGCACUCUCCAAGACCACCCUCUUCUCUGUCCCCGCCGUCCAGGCUCGUCGCCACCUCACCAUCAACGCUGCUGCUGCCUCUGCCGUCGCCACCCAGCGUCUCAGCUCGCCUUACCGCACCCAGGUCAGACACUAUGCUGACUAUGUCGUCAAGGUCCCCCACAUGGCCGACUCCAUCUCCGAGGGCUCCUUGAAGCAGUGGAACAAGAAGGUCGGCGACUUUGUUGCUCUGGAUGAGGAGAUUGCCACCAUCGAGACUGACAAGGUCGAUAUCGCUGUGAACUCGCCCAAGUCUGGAAUCGUUCUCGAAUUGUACGCCAAGGAGGAGGACACUGUCGCUGUCGGUGCCGAUCUCUUCAAGCUGGAGCUCGGUGAUGCCCCCGCUGGAGGCGCUGCCCCCGAGAAGGACGAGCCCAAGAAGGAGGAGGUCAAGGAGGAGCCCAAGAAGGAGGUUGCUGCUGCCGCCCCCAAGAAAGAGGAGCCCAAGAAGGAGGCCCCCAAGCCUGCUGCCCCCAAGCCCGCCGCUGCUUCGUCCGAGGUCCCCGCCGCCCCCGUUGCCUUCAGCCGUGAGGAGCGCAGCGUCAAGAUGAACCGCAUGCGUCAGACCAUUGCCAGGCGCUUGAAGCAGUCUCAGGAGACCGCUGCCUCGCUCACUACCUUCAACGAGGUCGACAUGACCAACCUCAUGAAGCUCCGCUCCACCUACAAGGAUGCCGUCUUGAAGAAGCACAACGUCAAGCUUGGAUUCAUGUCGGCCUUUGUCAAGGCUUCGUGCUACGCCCUCAAGGAGUUGCCCUCUGUCAACGCCAGGAUUGAGGGUGACUCGAUCGUCUACAACGACUAUGUCGAUGUCUCUGUUGCCGUUGCCACCCCCAAGGGCCUCGUCACCCCCGUCAUCCGCAACGCCGAGUCGUUGUCCUUUGUCGAGGUUGAGAAGAGCAUUGCCCAGUACGGAGCCAAGGCCCGUGAUGGCCAGAUUGCCAUUGAGGACUUGUCCGGAGGUACCUUCACCAUCUCGAACGGAGGUGUCUUUGGCUCGAUGAUGGGUACUCCCAUUAUCAACAUCCCCCAGAGCGCCAUUUUGGGCAUGCACGCCAUCAAGGAGAGACCCGUUGCUGUUGACGGCAAGGUCGAGAUCCGCCCUAUGAUGUACAUUGCCCUUACCUACGACCACCGUAUCAUUGACGGACGUGAGGCCACCACCUUCCUCGUCAAGCUCAAGGAGGUCAUUGAGGACCCCGCCCGCCUCUUGUUGGACGUCUAA